AUGGCGACAAUCGUAUAUCCACCACCAGCAACUUUGCAGUUAAAACUGAUCUUGAUGACUAUUGGCUUUGUCAACAGAUUCGGACUAGUGCAUCAAGUGUCCAAAGAGAUGGUGCUGAGAUAUGGGAAGGAUUUCUUUAAAGGCUAUCCCAACUCAUGGUUGGUUGCGUUCAUCUGUUCGCUGUUGGUGGUGGCCUGUCAAGCUAACAAUGGAGCGACGCCAACUACAGUAAACAAUUACGUAGACACCCGCAACAACAAUUACAAUAUAAAUUACAACAAUUACAACUUAAAUAACAACAUGUACAACCCGUACGCGUAUUACAACAACAUGCAACAACAAUACCAAAACGCUAUGUUUGGUCCUUAUUAUAGAGCAUACAGACCAAAUCUUGUUGAGGGCAUACUUCAUACUGUUUCUGACACUGUGUGGAAUAUUGGAAGUCUCUUAGGACAACGACAUUACUAA